AAAACCAAUACUAAUCUAAACAGAAUCCCUAUAAUCCUAUUUGUUAGGAUAACGAUAUUGAAUACUACGAAACUAUAUACUGCUGCCGCCGUCGCCGUAACUCGCCCUUUUUAUUUCUCUUUGUGGCCGCCGUAGCUCCUCCAAUAUUGUUACCGUUUCAUAAACAAGUGCAUUCCAACUCGCUACAAAUACAGUCUCGAAUUAAUAUAAUAUGAUGGGUGAAUGUGAAGUUUCGGUGGUUAGCAAAUUUGAGGAAAAAGGUUUGUUGGUCCUAAGCUCUAGUCAAUAUGAGAAACACACCGUGAGUGGGGUGGAGAAUGAGAACUUUGUCAUAAACCCUCAAUAUGAGAAACAAAGUGUUGAUGAGGAAUUGAAUGUUGACUCUGGAAUCAACACCCAAAACGAGGAACAAAUUGUGGUUGUUAAUGGGGAGGGAGAUCGGAAGUGUGAUUGGAUGGACGAGUAUCCUCCACUUACUAGUCGAGGUGUCCAAGUUUUCUCUGUGAAUUUGGUCCAAAGCACUACAAGUUGGGUGGAUGCUCUCAAGAAGCCACAUGUUGCUUCUUUGGAGGAGGCAAAUGUCAAGAUUCAGAUGGAGAAGUUUAUGAAAGUUUGUAGCAAAAACAAAAAAAUUCGGCAAGAUUAUGUUGCAAAGAGCACGGUGCGGAGAUUUGGGACUUUGAAUGGGCGUGCACUUGGGCCUGUUGAGAAGCCAACGCCACAUGUUGUUCCUGGGACUUUGGAUGGCCGAGUCAUGUUGACGCAACAUGUUGUUCAAGUCUUCGAAAAGGAAAAUUGGGAGAAAUCAACAGACGAUGAUGACGGAUUAGCAAGGAAGACUGAAGACAUAAUGAGCUAUGAGGCUGAUUUGAAAGAAGAAGUUAGUAUUGACAAGGCAGAAGAAACGGAGAGGAAAGUAGAGCUGAAAUCAGAGAAAAGAGAGAAGAAGAGGCAUAAGAGGCUGAGGUUGAGGGAGAGAAAGAAGGCUCUUGCGAUUGCAAGGGAUGGUUUCUCUCUCACCUCUACACAAAAUGAUGAUGAAAUGCUCAACGAAAUAGAAACACAUAAUGAAGCUUCUUCUUCCAUCAAAUUUCUAGAUGCUGACGAAGAAGAACAGCAACAAACCGAGUUGCUCGAGCUUGUGGAUUCUAAAGAAGAAGAACAGCCACAAAUCAAGCUUUUGGAUGCUAAUGAAGAAGAACAACAAAACGAAUUGCUCGAGCUUGUGGAUGCUAAUGAAGAAGCACAACAACAAACUGAGUUGCUCGAGCUUGUGGAGGGUAACGAAGAAACACAACUGAGAGAAAAGAGAAGGAAGAAGAAAAUGACAAGGAAGAAAAGAAAUAAGGCAAGAGCAGCGGCAACAAAUGCAAGAAAGAAAUGGAUUUUACUCAUCUUCAUCAACCUCACACUUGUGUUAUGCCUCAUCUUCAACUUGUCCGCCAAAUUCUUCACUAGAUUGUAUAUUUUCUAGUUUAUUUUGUUGUUUAUGACCGAAUACUUCAAGUAUGAUAUUUGCGUUACUAGUAAGUAUUGGUUAGUACAUAGAAUAUGUUACUUUAUAUUCUUAUAUCCAAUAUUAAGAUAUUGGAAAUUUAAGACUACCGAUCCUAUAUUGUGUGGGAGAAUUUGAGUUGUUAUUUCAUUAUUAUACUUAUUUUUUUCUUCAA